AAGUGAAGUAUUGAUUCGAGUGAACCUUUUGAUGUAUUUCAGAAAUUGAGUCAACUAAAUAUCAUUACAUUUGAAGUUUAUACAUUGUUCCUCCAAGCCGCAUGUUUUUUGAUAGAAACGAUUAGGUACUUCAAAUAAAAUAAGUAGAUGGAUCUAGCCAACAAGAAAUUUACGCCUAUUGAAUGCCAUACUUCGUUGAUCUAAGCGAGGCUUGCUUGGCCUAACUGACUGCAUCAGUUGUACCGAUUUGAUUAUGAGAUGUACCAUCAACAGUUCAGCCUCCUGUUCUCUCAGUCUGCAAGUUAUAAGCUUCGAUAUCUCGGAAACGUUUCGGUGUUACAGUUUCGCUGACAUCAUAAUAACUACAAUUACCAAGAUUUUCCGCUUCUGCACCUGGCCGUGGAAUGGCCAACAUUUGAUCCUGAGUGGGGAAACUGAAGGAGUUCAACGAACAAAAGAUUAUUUCCUCUAGGAGACGAGGAACCAGCAGGUGUUAUUACCCCUGACCAGGGUAUCAGACAAGCUAGGAGCGGAGAUCUCCGUUCGCAGUAACAGUGAAAGUAUCCGGUAAACUGCAUCUGCCAAUGCCCCCACGGCUUCAGUCUUCCAGCAGUGCUACGUUUAGGAACAAUCCAUACUUGAAUAGCAACGAGACGUGAUUACACUCACUUGUUUCCCGAAGGACUAACUGUGACAACCUCUCGUGGGUUCAGGGAUCGAAAUAGUGCAAGUCAAAAAAGUUGGACCAAAUGAAACGUGUGAUCGCCUGCUUCCUCCUGGCGUUGACGACUGUUCUUGCCUUAGGGAUAGACGAGAAACGACCCUACGUGAAACAGUGCUCCAAAAAAGAUCCGAAACUCAAGAAAUGCCUCAUAGACGCUCUUCAUCACUUGAGACCCUAUCUUCGGGACGGAAUACCUGAGAUCAAGCUGCCUCCAGUCGAGCCUUUUCGAAUAGAGGAACUAAUAUUGUCGCUCACUGGUGGUCGGAAUGGGUACAAGAUACAACUUCAAGAAAUGGACGUUUUGGGUGCCAGUAACUUCACCGUCUUCGAUAUCAAGCUCGGAUCACCCUUCGAGGCGCUCAUCGAGAUUCCAGCCCUCGUUAUGGACGCUCAUUACUCCAGCUCCGGAGUUUUGAUAAUUCUCCCGGCAAGUGGCAACGGCACUUUCCACGGUCGUUUCGACGACGUUCGUGCCAUCGUCAAGGGCACUGUCAGCACCAGCUAUCACGAGGGUGGGACGUACCUCCACGUCGAGACGCUGGAGAUCGAAUUGGCCGUUAAGGAAAUCGACCUGAAAGUCGACAAGAUCUUCAACAACAAUCGGAUUCUGACCGAAGCCAUCAACCUCUUUCUACGAGAGAACGGUCAGGAGGUACUCAAGGCGAUGGAACCGCAGCUGAAAAAAGAACUUGUGAUACUAUUCUCCCGGAUCGUUAACCAGCUCCUUCUUCACGUGCCUGUUGAAUCCUUCCUCAGUCCGUAAAUUGAUAAAGAGAGCUGAUUUGGACUCGGCAAUCGGCUGGAUGCGAUUAGUAGGUAUAUGAUUGUAGAAUUCCAAAGCCUUUCUUUUCUCGAGACAAUCGCCGAAUCUAUCCAACAUUUCUUACAUUCGAUCGCAGACAAGAAGAGUCUUGCAUGCGCGUGAGAGAGCGAUAGUUUCUUUUAAAGUAUACUUUCUAAUUCGCGUCACUUCCAUAUAUCUUAUAUACACCGUAUCACGAGUGAAAUAUUCCCAAUGAAAGUUAGGCACCUCGAGUAUAAUAUCCGCGGAUCAGCCAUCAUCUUUCUUAACUUUAUACCAACAGGAUUCUUGUGAUAGUUAUUUCACAACGAAGUAUUAAUAAUCGGUAUUCCAAAUCUGAUUGUUCUUCGAUGUAUUACAAUUAUUGUUAGUUCUUUUUUUUUUAUUUUAUUUUAUUUUUAUUUUUUUUGAGUUAAAUCUAUUCAGUAGAACCUACACGCAUAGUUGUUUAUUUUAUUUUGUAAUAGUUUUUCGCAUAAUAAUAAAUUGAAUACGUAAUUAAA